UCAGCAACUGAAAACCAUCACAUUAUUGUGAGAAGAAGGAAAUCUUCUCUUCAUGUUAGAAAACAACACAAGGGGGGGUCCAAUCAAUCACCUCAUAGCCUGAAAAACAUCAAUCUCUCUCUCUCUCUCUCUCUCUCUCUCUCAGCUUUCUUAGCCCUUUCUUGUGUAUUUUGGGAAAGACAUACAGAAAGAGAGUUAUGGCAAGGAGAUAUUGCUACAGUGAUGUACUCCCAUUUACAGCUCUGGUGACCAUGGAAUGCACCAACGUAGGGCUAAACACACUCUUCAAAGCAGCAACUUUAAAGGGCAUGAGCUACCAUGUCUUUGUUGUCUAUGCCUAUGCUAUUGCUGCUCUUGUUCUCCUUCCUGCACCUUUUUUCUCUCACAGAUCAAGGAGGCUUCCUCCCUUGACUUUUUCUAUCCUUUGUAAAAUUGGACUUCUGGGUCUUAUUGGGAGUUCAUCUCAGAUUUUGGGUUUCACAGGCAUCAAUUAUAGUUCUCCAACACUUGCUUCAGCUAUCAGCAACCUUACACCAGCUUUUACUUUCAUACUUGCCGUCCUUUUCAGGAUGGAGAAAAUUGGUUUGAAAAGUAGUAGUAGCCAGGCUAAGGUGUUGGGUACACUUGUAUCAAUCACCGGGGCAUUUGUAGUGACUCUUUAUAAGGGCCCACCCAUCAUCAUAGCAUCAUCACCGUCCAUUGCACUUGAUCAACCACAAUUGCUCUCAUCAAGCUCCAAUUGGAUCAUUGGUGGUGUUUUGCUCACAGCUGAAUAUAUACUAGUUCCACUAUGGUAUAUUGUUCAGACACAAAUCAUGAAGGAGUAUCCAGCAGAGUUAACAGUAAUCUUCUUCUACAAUUUAUGCGUUAGCUUUAUAGCUGCAAUUGUUGGUGUAUUCACUGAAAGAGAUUCAAGUGCUUGGAGGAUUAGGCCACAUAUAGCAUUAGCAUCUGUCAUUUGCUCGGGACUAUUUGGUUCGUGCAUGAAUAAUACAGUCCAUGCAUGGGCAUUGAACUUGAAGGGACCUGUUUAUGUGGCAAUGUUCAAGCCAUUGUCAAUCGUUAUUGCUGUCGUCAUGGGUGUCAUGUUCCUUGGUGAUACUCUCCAUCUUGGAAGUCUAAUAGGUGCAUCCAUUAUAUCAGUUGGGUUUUAUACUGUAAUGUGGGGCAAAGCCAAAGAAGAGAUGAUAGAGGAAUGCAGAGUUGAACGCGAUGAAUCAACAGCUGGCCAAAAGGUCCCUCUGUUGAAAAACUACAAGCGUGCACAUGUGUAGCCCGAAAAUAUAUACUAAUGAAUCAAUGGAACAGAGGAAUCAUAUGCUCAACCCAUUUGGCAUUCCGAAAGUUCUUCACUAAAGAAGGGAUAGUAUCAAUGUGGCUAUGCAUUCUACUUCCUUGAGAUAUUGGUGUCUUCCUCGGCACUAGCACGGUGAUCUCAGUCCCAUCCCAUGUUUAAGCAAAAAGACAUUACAAGGCUCAACAUAAAUUGUAAAUUAGAAUUUCUAAGAUCAAAAGAAAAAAAAAAAAGCGAGUCAAAACUUAUAAAAAUAUUCCUCCCUAUAGGAGUGUAUGUAUUUAUGGACCACUACUUUAUCUUGCAAUUCUCACAAUAGUACUAAUAUA